AUGCCAAGCGAACAGCAAGGCCCUGGCCGUCAACUCGAUAGGCCGCGUCACGUUCAGUUGCCCGCACAAAGGGGCCCUACGCGGCGGUUAUGGACCAGGUGGGAAGAGCAUGAAGAUGAUUGUAUCAUCGCUGCUUAUGUCCACUGGUUAAACCCGGCCAACCGAGUGGCAGGUGAGAAGCAAGAGGCUACGUUACACAGAUACUUCUACGAGGCCUUACCCAACUCUGAGAGGACGGCGGAACAGGUCAGUGUACGCCUGCGUCGAAUCCGACAACGCGAGGACUUCAACACGAAGGUCGAAAUUCUACGACGACGUGCAGACCCCAAUCCUGAUGAUCGGGAAGACCUGCGGCGUGACCCUGACGAGCAUCCCGAUGAUCUUGAGCAAGGGCAGCUUAACCCAGUCCGAGAUGCUCUUGCUGCGGUGGCAGAA